UCAGAAUGGAAGCCAUUGCCAAAUACGCCUUCAAAGCGACUGCAGACGAUGAGCUGAGCUUCAAAAAGGGGGACAUCCUCAAGGUUUUGAACGAAGAGUGUGAUCAGAACUGGUACAAGGCAGAGCUCAAUGGCAAGGACGGCUUCAUCCCCAAGAACUACAUAGAGAUGAAACCGCACCCGUGGUUUUUUGGCAAAAUUCCCAGUGCCAAGGCAGAAGACACGCUUAGCAAACAGCGGCAUGAUGGGGCCUUUCUAAUCCGGGAGAGUGAGAGCACUCCUGGGGAUUUCUCCCUGUCUGUCAAGUUCAGAAAUGAUGUGCAGCACUUCAGGGUGCUCCGCGACGGAGCUGGGAAGUACUUCCUCUGGGUGGUGAAGUUCAAUUCCCUGAAUGAGCUGGUAGAUUCCCACAGAUCAACAUGCGUGUCCAGUAACCAGCAGAUAUUACUGCGGGACAUAGAACAGGUGCCACAGCAGCCAACAUAUGUCCAGGCCCUCUUUGACUUUGACCCCCAAGAGGAUGGUGAGCUGGGCUUCCGCCGGGGAGACUUCAUCCACGUCAUGGAUAACUCAGACCCCAACUGGUGGAAGGGGGCUUGCCAGGGCAGACAGGCAUGUUUCCCCGCCACUAAGUCACCCCUGUGA